AUGUAUGGUGAUUUAUCAAAUAAGUUGAUUUUAGAGGCGAAAAGAGCAAAACAAUUAAGAGAAACUUCAACUUCUUUAGCUUCACAAUUAACACCAUAUCAAGAAACUUUUGUACGGAAUAUUUUAAAAGAAGUGGAACAAUUAAAGCAAAAUGCCAUUUUUUUACAUGAAGAAAUAGUCAAUGAAACUGAUCCAAUGCAAUUAAAGAUGAAGAAAUGCCAAUAUUAUGUUAAUUUUUUUGCCAUGGAACGAAACAAAAGAUGUUUAUUGGCAUAUCACAAAGAUAGAAGUGAUACUAUGGACAGUUUGUGUUGGGACCAACAAAAUCUAAUUCUAAAUGGAGGCAAUGGAAAUAAAGGAAAUAAACAUGAUGCUACCACUUUAGAUAACAAUAAUAAUAAUGAUAAUAAUGAUAAUGAUAACAACAGUAAUAAUAUUGAUAAUGAAACAUUUGAUAUAAAUAAUUUAAGUCAUGAAGAGCAAGUGUACAUUAGAGAAUAUUCGAAACUAAUAACAUCUCUGAAUGGGGAUGAGUUUGCUGAUAUUGAUUUAAACGGAAGUUUGGUCCCCCCAAGUGAAGUUUUUAUUGAUGUUCGAGUUUUAAAAGACGCUGGUGAAAUUCAAACCGAAUAUGGAGUUUUCAACUUGAUUAAGGACUCCCAAUUUUUUGUUAGGCAAAGUGAUGUAGAGAGAUUAAUACAACAGGGUUAUUUGAAGAAAAUAUAA